CUCACUGGAGCCCAGGUGCGCGCGGCCGGCGUCCGUGGCGGUUGAUAUCCGGGAGUKGGUGAAGCGCGUUUCGAGGCAAUUAUUUCCAUUCAGAGAAGGAAACCAGUGCCUGGCAUUCUCAUCACCUCUACCUGCCAUGAUCAAGUGCUUGUCAGUUGAAGUACAAGCCAAAUUGCGUUCUGGUUUGGCCAUAAGCUCUUUAGGCCAAUGUGUUGAGGAACUUGUCCUCAACAGUAUUGAUGCUGAAGCAAAAUGUGUGGCCAUCAGGGUGAAUAUGGAAACCUUCCAAGUUCAAGUGAUAGACAAUGGAUUUGGGAUGGGGAGUGAUGAUGUGGACAAGGUGGGAAAUCGUUAUUUCACUAGUAAAUGCAACUCGGUAGAGGACUUGGAGAACCCAAGGUUUUAUGGUUUCCGAGGGGAGGCCUUGGCAAGCAUAGCUGACAUGGCCAGUGCUGUGGAAAUUUCAUCCAAGAAAAACAGGACAAUGAAAACUUUUGUGAAAUUGUUUCAGAAUGGAAAAGCCCUAAAAGCUUGUGAAGCUGAUUUGACUAGACCAAGUGCGGGGACAACCAUAACGGUUCAUAACCUAUUUUACCAGUUACCCGUGAGGAGGAAAUGCAUGGAUCCUAGACUGGAGUUUGAGAAAGUCAGACAGAGGGUAGAAGCUCUCUCACUCAUGCACCCUUCUGUUUCUUUCUCUUUGAGAAAUGAUGUUUCUGGUUCUAUGAUUCUUCAACUCCCUAAAAGCAAAGACAUAUGCUCCCGGUUUUGUCAAAUUUAUGGUUUAGGCAAGUCCCAAAAGUUAAGAGAAAUACAUUUUAAAUACAAAGAGUUUGAGUUUAGUGGCUAUAUCAGCUCUGAAGCACAUUACAAUAAGAAUAUGCAGUUCUUGUUUGUGAACAGAAGACUGGUUUUAAGGACAAAGUUGCAUAAACUUAUCGACUUUUUAUUAAGAAAAGAAAGUACUAUAUGUAAGCCAAAAAAUGGCUCUGCCAGUAGGCAGAUGAAUUCAAGUCCUCGGCAUCGGUCUACCCCAGAACUCCACGGGAUAUAUAUCAUCAACGUGCAGUGCCAGUUCUGUGAGUAUGACGUGUGCAUGGAGCCAGCAAAAACUCUGAUUGAGUUUCAGAAUUGGGAUACUCUCUUGGUUUGCAUUCAGGAAGGUGUGAAAAUGUUUUUAAAGCAAGAAAAAUUAUUUGUGGAAUUAUCAGGUGAGGACAUUAAAGAAUUCAGUGAAGAUAGUGAUUUUAAUUUAUUUGGUGCUACUCUUCAGAAACAUGUGUCCUUAGAUGAGAAGCAUGACCAGGGCGGUUUCCAGGAAGCGUGUAAUAAUAUUUUGGAUUCUUAUGAAAUGUUUAAUUUGCAGUCAAAAGCUGUGAAAAGAAAGGCUACUAUAGAAAAUAUAAACACACAGAAUUCUGGGGAUUCAGAAGCUAUCAGAAGAAAGACAAAUGGCUCAUUUUUGUACACUUAUGAAUCAGAUGGCCCCAGUCAUAGUAAUAUGACAGAGUUAUCAUUAUACAACAAAGACAGCUGUUGCUUAGAAUCAAGAAUGUUAGAACAAGAGACAGUUGAAAUAUCAGAAUCAAGAGAAAGUGAGAAACAUAAAAAAUCUUGCUUGGAACAUAACUCUUUAGAAAGUCCAUAUGGAAUCAAUUCAGAAAUGUUUUCAAGCCCUUUUCAGAUACAACAUCACUUUGAGGAGAGUGGGGUAGAUUUAGAAGUACAGAAAGAAAGUACAACUGCUAGUGGCAUGGCUGCCAACAUCUUGAAAAACAAAAGAAUUCAGAAUCAACUUGAGAGAUUUGAAGAUGCUACUGAAAUGGGAUGCCAGUCUCUGCCUUUUGAGACAGGAUUAUUGAGCAUACAUAGUGCUCAGAGAGAAAAAGAGCCCAGUGAUUGUGGAAGAAUAAAURUUUUUAGGUAUGGACAAGUAAAAUUGUGUUCCACUGGCUUUAUAACUCAUGUCCUUCAAAAUGAGCAAACUAAAUCAACUGAAGCAGAACAUUCAUUUAAAAAUUAUGUAUGGCCUGGUCCUGCAAGUGCCCAAGAAACAUUUGAAAGUAGAACAUGUCAUUCAUUUGAGCCUCCAGACAUCAAAGGUUUAACCAGCACUCUAAGUAAAGAAUCUGCUCAACUGCUGAGCAAAAAUUUUUGCAGACAAAAUACAAGUUAUGGGCUAGAGAACAAACCUAUAGCAAAAUGCAAAAAUGUUACUGUUUUUCAGGAAGGUGAUAAAGAAUCACACACAGGUUGCUUAUUGCCCGAUAUAUCCUCUUCUUUCCCUUGGUGUAGACAAGUUUCAAAUGGUAUUAAGAAAACAGAUAAAUUGAUUGGUUCCUCCAAACCUGUAGGCCCAAAGAAGCUAAGCUUGACUUCACAACUAGGAUCUUUAGAGAAGUUUAAAAGACACUAUGGAAAAAUUAAAAAUCCUGUAGAUACAGAAGUGGAAGAAAAUAAUAUUGAAGUUAUUACCAAUCUUGGUCUUCAAGUCAAACCUGACACUCCACUGAAAGAUAAGAACCACUUAGAAAAUUCUGACAUCUGUAAAAUCACUACUAUAAAUUGUAUCAACUCAAAUGGUAGUUGUCAACCAGUAAGUCACAUCCUGUGCUCAGAGAAGUUUCCACUUUCCAAAGAAGAUUGUUUGGAACAACAGAUGCCUUAUUUGGAAGAAAGUCCUAUAACUCUAAUGGAGUUAUCUCACUUGAACAAAAAACCUUUGGAUGUUGAGAAGUCACCUGAAUCACUGGCCUCUAAAUUAUCCAGACUGAAGAGCUCUGAAAAAGAGGCUCAAACUAUGGAGAUUAGGAGUCAUUUUAUUGAACUUCCAAAUUCAGAUUCCAGCAGGGAAGACAGUAACUUGUACAGUGGGUUAAACCUAGAUUUUUGUGAGUUGUUUAAAAAUGAACCUGAAAAAACAGACAGCAGCAUCCUCCCAAGGUCAGAUACUGUCAUUGAGGUUAUUGAGGAUAAUUCCCUCAAUGAAAACAGUGAACUGCAUUCAAGCAACAACAAAAUGGAGAACACUGCAAAACCAGACACUCCUCUGGAGUUACCCUGUAGUGAUUCUAAAAUUAUCGCUCAAGAUUCAGAUGUUCUCAUCAGAGCUUCAGAGCAACAGAUAGGAAGUUCUGAUUCUCCCAGUGGAAUUUUAAUGAAUCAGAUAGAAGAUACCAUAGCCAACCAAAAUGGAAUUUGUUCCUGGAGUGAGAAGUCUAAAGGAAAAGCUUGUUCUGAAAACGAAGGGUCAAACACAUGUUCUUUGGAUUGGCAGCAGCAUUUUGAUGAAGCCCUGGGAAGAAUGGUUUAUAUUAACAAAGUCACUGGACUUAGCACAUUCAUUGCUCCUGCUAAGGACAUUCAGACUGCUUGUACUAAAGACCUGACAACUGUAGCUGUGGAUGUCAUACUUGGGAAUGGGUCUCAGUACAGAUGUCAUCCUUUUAGAAGCGACCUUGUUCUUCCUUUCCUUCCAAGAGCUCGGGAAGAGAGGACUGUGCUGAGGCAGAAUAACAGAGAUGCUGUGGAUGAUGCUGUUGGUAGUGAAUCCCUUCAGUCUUUGUUUUCAGAAUGGGACAAUCCAGUGUUUGCCCGUUACCCAGAGGUUGCUGUUGAUGUAAGCAGUGGCCAAGCUGAGAGCUUAGCAGUUAAAAUUCACAACAUCUUAUAUCCCUAUCGUUUCACCAAAGAAAUGAUUCAUUCAAUGCAGGUUCUUCAGCAAGUGGAUAACAAGUUUAUUGCCUGUUUAAUGAGCACUAAGACUGAAGAGAAUGGCAAAGCAGGUGGAAACCUGCUAAUCUUGGUGGACCAGCACGCUGCCCAUGAGCGCAUCCGUUUGGAGCAGCUUAUUACCAAUUCCUAUGAGAAGCAACAACCACAUGGCUGUGGUCGAAAAAAAUUACUAUCUUCCACUAUAAUUCCUCCACUAGAGAUAACAGUGACAGAGGCACAAAGGAGACUCCUAUGGUAUUACCACAAAAAUCUGGAAGAUCUGGGCCUUGAAUUUAUCUUUCCAGACACUAGUAAUUCUCUGGUCCUUGUGGGAAAAGUACCACUCUGUUUUGUGGAAAGAGAAGCCAAUGAACUUCGAAGAGGAAGAUCUACUGUGACCAAGAGUAUUGUGGAGGAAUUUGUUCAAGAACAAGUGGAGCUACUCCAGGCCACAGGAAGCAUCCAGGGGACUUUGCCACUGACCGUCCAGAAGGUGUUGGCUUCCCAAGCCUGCCAUGGGGCCAUCAAAUUUAAUGACAGCCUGAGCCUAGAAGAGAGCUAUCGGCUUAUUGAAGCUCUGUCAUGGUGCCAGCUGCCAUUCCAGUGUGCUCACGGGAGACCUUCUAUGCUGCCACUAGCUGACCUAGACCACUUGGAGCAGGAGAAACAGGUUAAACCCAAUCUUGCUAAUCUUCGGAAAAGGGCUGAGGCGUGGCGUCUCUUUGGAAAAGCAAAAGGCUGUGAUGCAAGGCAAAGCCUGCAGUCUGUGUCUUCUUGUGAGCCCCCUUGAGAAUGGACCUUUGGAUCCAUGAGGAACCCAAGGGCUUAAAGGAUGCUAACUGCCUCUGAGCAGAGAGCAUGAGCCGUAGUUAGCAGUGCAGCCGUGGCUGAGUCCCCCUGGUGCCUGGAGAGGACCCUCACAUCAGUCCUGUGGUGCAGGUGGGCCCUCUGGCUGAAGAGUCAGAUGGAAUCAAGCCUAAAAACAGUUCAUUGAUUUGCAUCCAGGCACAGUACUGUUUGUAACUUACUUAAGUGAUGAAAUUUAAUGAUUAAUUAUUUGACUGGUGAGUUAGCUUGUGUUUGAGAGGUAUGGUUUUUCUUUUUGUGUAAUUUAUUUUCAGUCUCCAAAUAUGCAUUUWUGAAAUUGAGCUGAUGCUAAACCCCUACAGCUAGUCCUACUUGGCCUUCCUCCACUGCCCCCUGGUUUCUCCGUUAGUCCCUCCUUUCCUUCAGUCUUCACUUCCCUUCGCUGCUUUUUAAUAUUCUAAAUCAGAGAUUUACAGUUUCUCUACUCUCAGUAAAUCCCUUCCUGAAGUCAUCCAUCAGAACUAUAGUCAAGGGCUGGGGAUGUAGCUCAGGGGAAGGUGCUUGCUUAGCAUGUGUAAGGCCCUA